CCUUAUCCUCUCAACUGAACCCAUCAUCGUCUUCCCUCCUCAGACGAGCACCACCGGCCACAACCUCGGAACCUCCUUCCGCGCGCCAAUGGAGGCCGUCCUACGACACCCGUCCCUUUCCCGCCUCAAACCCCCAAACCCCAACGCUCACAGAACCAGUUCCAUCUCCGUCACCACCCCUCGCCGUCCUCGCGUCCCCAAGCGCCGCCUCGCCGCCGCCGCCGCGCUGUUCCAGGACCAGAACCCAAGAACCGCGGAAGCAAGCAAAGGAGGCGAUGAAGAAGACGACGAGGGGUACGGGGAGGUGGAGCGCAUAGUCUCCAGCCGCACCGUCAAGAGCGCCGUGUUCGCGGAGGACGGCUCGGCCACCACCGUCACCGCCACGGAGUACCUCGUGGAGUGGAAGGACGGGCACGAGCCGACCUGGAUCCAGGCGGAGGCGAUAGCGGCGGACGUGGUGGCGGAGUACGAGACGCCGUGGUGGGAGGCCGCCAAGAAGGCCGACGCGGACGCGCUGGGCGCGCUGCUGGCCGACGAGGCGCUGCGGCGGGACCCGAACGCGGAGGACGCGCAGGGGCGCACCGCGAUGCACUUCGCGGCGGGGCUCGGGUCCGAGGAGUGCCUGCGCGCGCUUGCCGAGGCCGGCGCGGACGUGGGCCACGCGGAGCGCGCCGGCGGCGGGCUGACGCCGCUGCACAUCGCGGCGGGGUACGGCCGCGCGACGGGCGUGCGCGCUCUGCUGGAGCUGGGCGCCGACGCGGAGGUCCCUGAUGGGAAGGGCCGGACGCCGCUGGAGCUGGUCCAGGAGGUGCUGGCCGCGACGCCCAAGGGCGUCCCGGCGGCGUUCGAGCGGCGGCAGGCGCUGGAGGCGGCGGGGAAGGAGCUGGAGAAGGCCGUGUACGAGUGGGGCGAGGUGGAGAAGGUGGUGGACGGGCGCGGCGAGGGCAAGUGGAGGGAGUACCUGGUGGAGUGGCGCGACGGCGGCGACAGGGAGUGGGUGAAGGCGCCGUGGGUGGCGGAGGACCUUGUGAAGGACUUCGAGGACGGGCUGGAGUACGGCGUCGUCGAGGCCAUCGUGGACAGAAGGCCGGCGGCGGGCGGCGAAUGGGAGUACCUGGUCAAGUGGGUGGACAUCGAGGAGGCGACGUGGGAGCCCGCGGAGAACGUGGACGCUGACCUCGUGCAGGAGUUUGAUCGGCAGCAGUCGGAGACUGGUGGCGACGCGCCGCCGGCGGAGACGAUUGCCGGGUGACGGCCGGCGCGCGGCGUUAGAGCGUGCUCCAGUUGAUCUGGUUUUGUCGUGUCGAUGCAGCGUCGCAGUGUGUAUCAUUAGCAGCAACGGAAGAGAUUUUUGUGUGAUUAUUAAUUGAACAUUUCCUGGGAAA